AACCUUGUUUUCAGGGAACAUCAUGGAGGACUCCAUUGAAAUAAUCCUUCAAGACAGAAGUUUCAAAUCCUCUUAUCAAACCCAGAACAAUCCAGCAGUCACGGCUGCUUCAGGAACUUUAUUAAUGACUUUUUAUGGGCUUCGGAGAGUUUUUGCUCUCCCUGGCUUUCGAAAAGUGCCAAUAAACCUGAAGGUGCCAUACUUGCCCUCGAGUGGAGUACAGACACAGAAUGUCGUGAGGCUCUUGCAGGGCAGAACAGGUUCUUUAGCAGAUCUGGGCUCUGGAGAUGGAAGACUGGUAUUGGCUGCCUCCUCAGUGGGUUUCCAGUGUACUGGGUUUGAAAUAAACUCCAUCCUGUUAGGCUAUGCCAGAGUCAAAGCAAGGUGGAUGGGAAUUCCUACCACUGCAGCAAAAUUUGUAAAUGAGGACUUUUGGAAGACCAAUUUGUCCCAAUACAAGAAUGUGACAGUUUUUCUGGCACCCGGAGUGAUGGAAGUACUUGGCAGAAAGCUGGAGAAGGAUUUAGCACAUGAUGCCAUGGUAGUUGCCUGUUGUUUCCCAUUUCCCAAGUGGCAUGCUGCUGCUUCAGAAGGGCUAGGACUGGACCAGGUCUGGGCCUAUGACAUGGCUGCAGUGCGCAAGCUUUUAAAAUGAGCACCAACACCACCUUGAGUGUUUUUAUGUCUCUAUUAUCAUGCAGGGUGCAAGUGUAAUUCAUCAGUGUGAUGCUACUGUUGAGGUUUAUUUUUAAAUAAAUAGUUACAAUGAAAUUAUUAAUCACAA